AUGCGGCAGCGUCGGUGGUUAGAGUUGAUUAAAGACUACGAUUUACAGAUCCAUUAUCACCCUGGUAAAGCCAACACGGUUGCAGAUGCUCUUAGUCGGAAAAAUAUGGGAGAUUUGGCUAACCUGGUUACGAAACAAAAGGAAUUGAUAAGUGAAUUGGAUAAAAUGAAUAUGGAGCUUGUGAUACAUGGACAGGAGGUAGUAUUAGCAGCAGUAAUAGCUCAACCGACUUUACUUAAAGAGAUCAAGUUACAUCAAAUGGAGGAUGAUACUCUAAAGAAGGUCACUCCAAUGAAAGGCCACCCAAGGUUCGGAAAAAGGGGUAAGUUGACACCCCGUUGUAUUGGUCCCUUCCAAAUUCUGGAAAGAGUAGGUCCAGUGGCUUAUCGGGUUGCUCUUCCGCCAAUUAUGAGUCAAGUGCAUAACGUGUUUCAUGUCUCCAUGCUUCGCGGAUAUCUUCCAGAUCUGUCCCAUGUCAUUGAUUACCACCAAAUUGAGUUGGAUGACAAGUUAACUUAUGAGGAAAAACCAAUCCGUAUAUUGGACCGGCAAGUGAAACAAUUACGAAAUUGA